UUCAUAUAUGACAAAAACAUUUUAAUUUCAAGAGAACUGUAUUGUAAAGCAUUAUGAAGUCCUGAUUAUAAUACGGGUUUAUGAAAACGUUAACCUUAAUUUAUCCAACAAAUAUUUAUUGAGUGACUAUUAUGUGUUAGGCUGGGAUUCAGGCAGCAAACCGAAUAGACAAAAACACCUGCCCUCAUGGAGCUUAUGUUCUUUUUUUUCUUUUGAGAUUAUGUUCUGAUGAGGGGCAGUCAGCAACAGCAACAUAAAAAUGUAUAAAAAUAAAUAGGGUGUUACAUGGUGGUAAGUGUUAAGGAGAAACAAAGCAGUGAAAGGGCUUAGAAAAUGUGCGUUAUAUACAGAGUGGCCAGUUAUUUAGGUGAGGAGCCCAAGUUGAGCAUGAGCCGUGCACCUGUCUGGGGGAAGAGUGUCCAGGCAGAGAAACAGUGAUUCCCGAGGUGGCAGUGUGCUUGGCUCACUGGCAGCCAUGUGGCUGGAGUAUAGGCAAGGGGAGAGUAUGGAAGAGGUAGGGAAGGACGGCAGCAAGAUGGACAGAUGGGGUAGGAUCUGGAGACCGUUUUAACAUCUUUGGUUUUUACUCCGAGUAAAAUGGGAAGCAUUACAGGAUUUUGAGCCAAGGAGUGACAUGAUCUGACUUUCGUUUUAAUGGACGCCCCGCUGCCCCCAGCUGCCAUGGAUCCUCGUGAGGAUAAUUCUCAUAUCCAGAAGAUCAGAUCAAGGGAAGUAGCCUUCGAAGCACAGACUUCACGUUACCUAAAUGAAUUUGAAGAGCUUGCUGUCUUAGGAAAAGGUGGAUACGGAAGAGUGUACAAGGUCAGGAAUAAAUUAGAUGGUCAGUAUUAUGCAAUUAAAAAAAUCCUGAUUAAUGGUGCAACUAAAACAGAUUGUAUGAAGGUACUGCGGGAAGUGAAGGUCCUGGCCGGCCUUCAGCAUCCUAGUAUAGUGGGCUACCACACUGCUUGGAUAGAACAUGUUCACGUGGCCCAGACACAAGAUAGAAUUUCUAUUCAGUUGCCAUCUCUGGAAGUGAUCUCCGACGAGGACGACGACAGAAAUCAAUAUGUUAAAACUGAUGAAAGUAACAGCUCAUCCAUUAUCUUCGCCGAACUCACCUCGGAGAAAGAAAAGUCCUUAGAAGAAUCUGGCAUUGAAAAUCAGAAUAACAGAUUGGUGAAUUACACCACCAAUGCAGUUACAAGAGACGCCAGUGAAUUUGAAGCGUCCAGUUUACUCCAGGGAAAUGGUUUGGCCGAUUUGCCUUCCAGAUCGAUCGUCGAACAUCAGCUGCCACUUAGGCAUCAUUCCGACUUAGAAGAGAAUUUCGCAUCCACUGAGGAAUCUUCGGAAAACUUAAGUGUGUUGGGGCAGACGGAGGUGCAGUACCACCUGAUGCUGCACAUCCAGAUGCAGCUGUGCCAGCUCUCGCUGUGGGACUGGAUAGUCGAGAGAAACCAGCGGGGCCAGGAGUACGUGGACGAAUCUGCAUGUCCCUAUGUUAUGGCCAGUGUUGCAACAAAAAUUUUUCAAGAAGUGGUGGAAGGUGUGUUUUACAUACACAACAUGGGAAUUGUACACAGAGAUCUGAAGCCUAGAAAUAUUUUUCUUCAUGGCCCUGAUCAGCAAGUAAAAAUAGGCGACUUUGGUCUGGCCUGCACAGACAUCAUACAGAAGAACAGAGACUGGAUCGAUAGAGAUGGGAAGAGAAUGCCCACGCACACUUCCAGAGUGGGUACCUGUCUGUACGCCUCCCCUGAGCAGUUGGAAGGAUCCGAGUAUGAUGCCAAGUCAGAUAUGUAUAGCUUGGGUGUGAUCCUGCUGGAGCUCUUUCAGCCGUUUGGAACAGAAAUGGAGCGAGUGCAAGUUUUAACAGGUUUAAGAACUGGUCAGAUACCUGAAUCCCUCAGUAAGAGGUGUCCUGUACAAGCCAAGUAUAUCCAACUCUUAACUAGAAAGAACGCAUCUCAGAGACCGUCUGCUGUUGAGCUGCUGCAAAGCGAACUUUUCCAAAAUUCUGCAAACGUUAACCUCACUCUACAGAUGAAAAUAGUAGAGCAAGAAAAAGAAAUUGAAGAACUGAAGAAGCAGCUGAGUCUCCUUUCUCAGGACAGAAGGGCUAAGGACGACACAAAGGGUGGGAGUGUGCCCGUCUCGCCUUCAUCAGGCUCUGUAAAUGUGAACUUGGACUUCUAAUCCUUCAGUCAACUGGAAUGUAAAUUUUUAGUCUUUAUUAGGGUAUGGAUGGUAUACUUGUAUUUAGUGAACCUGUACAAGACUUAUUAAAGUUGUAGAAGUUCCCCCAAACUGCUUUUCCUUAAGGCAUCCUUCCACAAGCCAGCAUUGUGGACUGAAGCCUUCUCUAAACUAAACCUAUUUUCUUACCCUUG